CCUGCAUUCCGGGCCGGGUGGGGGCCGGGGGCCGGGCGCCGGGCUGAGGUCUGCCGGAGCCGGCGGGCUGCCUUCGAGUCAAGUCAGCGUCACCGUCGAACCUAACCACCUGGCCCUGUCUGUCAUGCUGGAGGUCGCCCUCAACCAGGUGCCGCCGCUGGACGCCCACCGACCACCGCGAACCCCCCCAACACCCCUAGCCCAAGGCCAACCCUGGCCUCUUGGCAGUAGUGCGCACCCAUAGGGCGGGCGGCACGAUUUAGUUACUGACGGCGCUUUCCCAUGGCAGGUGGAUGUGUGGGGCGCGCAGGCCGGGCUGGUAGUGGCAGGGUACUACCAUGCCAAUGCAGCUUUGGACGACCAGAGCGCUCAAGCAUAAGUCUUGCACGAAGCAGUCAGGCAGGCCUGAUGCCCCCAGGCCAACUACAGGGAAAGGCCGUCACUGCCUCCACGUCUAUGGGCUCUGGGAGGCCCAGCUCAGAUGGAUGGGGUCUGCCCACAGGAGGCUCUUCACAACUCUGAUCUUCCUUCUACACAGCCCUGGGCCCUCGGCCUUGAAAAUCGCUGGGCAGAUUGCAGAAUUCUUCCCUGAUGCAGUACUUAUUAUGUUGGAUAAUCAGAAACUGGUGCCACAGCCUCACGUGCCCCCAGUUAUUGUCCUGGAGAGCCAUGGUCUCUGCUGGGUCCCCAAGGACAAGAACUUAGUGAUGUGGAGGGACUGGGAACAGUCACGGCAGAUGGUGGGAGCACUACUAGCAGGCCGGGCCCACCAGCACCUUGUGGACUUUGACUGCCACCUUGAUGACAUCCGGGAGGAUUGGACCAACCAGCAGCUCAACGCCCAAAUCACCCAGUGGGUUGGUCCCACAAAUGGAAAUACCUGAGCCAGGGCCAGAGGGGAGGCUCAGGAUCCAAUAAAGAGACUUGGGCUGUUG